UCAAAGCGAACGCAAAAUGUCUACAUUAUCACUAAACACGUCACAUUUGUUCCCGAUUUGCGAGAUUACGAUAAAAAUGUCGACAAAUGAACGACUGACAAUACGAAUAGACAGAGGACAACGCCCGUCUGUCACAUUCAAUCCAGCUACGUUUUCAGUACAGAUUCACGUCCCACUUGAUAUAUCUGUAAACUAUCAGCCGAUAACCCAAAAUGUUGGUAAUGGGUAUGCGGUGAAGCUUCAGAGGAUGCAGCAGCAGUUUAAAAUCACAAUGCAGCAUAGUCACGAGCGAAAACCAGAAUUUGUGAUUUUCGCGUCCGGCCUGGGCCACGAGAAGGAAAUCAAGACAACUGUGAAGGAGAUCAACACCAAAAUUCCAGAUUUGACAAUUGCCGGAACAAAUCUGGAAGUCACGGGAAUCCUAAAAGCCCAUAAUUUGACCCUAGAGAGUACUGUAGGUACUAUGCACGUUUACGCAAAAAUCACGUGCUCCGGCUCACUGAGUGUGCAUUCUCAGAAUAUUGUGAUUUCUACGGAAGCUUUAUUGUCGACUGAUGAUUUUAAGUCGAUAUGUCGGAAAUUGCAAAAUGAUGGAAGAAUUUUCCCAAGGGAAGAUGCGGAAACGGCGAAAAAUCUGAGAAGGGAGACUCCUGAAGCUACCCAAUCCAUGAAAGUCGAUCUCUCCUGUAACCUGGUGCACAUUGGAGUUGACGGAGCAAUUGGAGCAUUUAAAGGUGUCAUUGCUCAAAAUCUUCACUUAUCGAUAGCAGGAGAUCUCGCGAAUUAUGGAAGAAUCGCCGCCAAGGAUCAGAUUUUUCUCGAAAUUUUUGGCUCCCAAAUGUCGCUGUCCGAUGGGUCUCUGGACAGUGCUGGAAGGGGCUAUAAUGCUCUGAAAAAGCUCAGAAAAGUCGCUGAAAAUAGCAUUUCAAGCCCAUCAUCAAGCACAAUGCACAGUGCAAUUCAAUCUCAAAAUGCUUCAGUUGUAGCGAAUAUGAUCGAGAAAGGAAUCGACUUGAAUGACACUUUUCGGUCACAGAAAUCGAAAAAAUUGACUCUGAAACAGUCUGCAGUGGCUGAGUACAAAGAAGCUAGGGAAAAGUCAAAAAUGAAUUCAGUUCGUGAACGGAUUACACUGAUUAAUGCUCUUUUUGUGGCUCACGAGUGGAGGAGAGGCAGUGUUCAGGCGAAUUCUAUCAAGGCCAAAAUACAUCGAAACUGCGAAGAUUUGGCCCAAUUUUCGGCGAAAAACUUGAAAAUCAAAGUUGGUGGCACAGCUACAGUGGAAAAGGACUCGAUUUGGAGCAGCACAUGGGUUGAGCUAGAAACCAAGCAGAGUGUCUAUUUCCACGGACAAACCAAGACUCGGAGCAUGACACUGCACUCGGACGCCAAUGUUUUCACGACGAGCGAGGCGAUUUUGUCGUUCGAACUUUUCGUGAGGGUCAGAUGUGUGAGAUUCGACUGCGAAGGAAUGUGGUGCGCCGGUGAGAGCCUUGUCAUUGAAACUCUUGGAAAUGCAAUUUUCAAGGAAGGAUCUUAUAUUGAGUCUGAAAAACUCGAGCUUGAAGUCAAAGGAGCUUGUGAGACGAGUGCCACGUGGCAGUUGACCUCCGCCUGGUGCCAUGUGGCGGGGAGCCUCACAAUUCUUCAAAAUGCAAAGAUUUUCAUAGAAGAGUCAAUGAGCAUUUCUGCACUGUCACUGUUAUUCAGCGGAUUUUGCCAUGUCACCGAGCAAUUUGACCUGGUACUCCAAGACUCCGCCCACUUUUUCGGCAACUCGAGAACCGAGGCUCAUGUGCUCCGUCUCACGUGUAAGGGGUACUGUACCGUCGGAGGAUCAAUGACGGUUACCGAUUUAUCGAUUUAUGUGAGAAAUGAGCUUAUCACGACGUGUACUGGCAAAGUCUUGGUGAUCGGGGACAGUGACGUCAUCACCGGAUGCUUUAGAAAUGAUGCUCUGUGGCAGGUGGAGAAAAAUUUGAAAAUGGUGACUGGAUCCAUCGAACAAUCCGAGGAUGGGACAAUUUUUGUGAAAUACUCUAUGAACAUUGUGCUCCAUGAAGACUGCUCGGAGAACUUCGGAGGCCGCCUGGUUUCCAGUGAAAUUUUGCUCAAAACUCUGAAAUCCUGCACAUUUGACGGUCUGAUUCGGUGUAACGAAAUGCAGAUUUCGCUGCCGUAUGUGGGCGUCUCGGUGGCAACUUUAAAGGGACAGGUGGAUAUUGUUGCCGGGAGCCUGACGGUCGAUGGGAAUUUAUCGAUUGAUUCGGGUGAUGAGAAGCAGCCAGUUGCACCGGGUUUGGUGAUAGCCUGUAAAUUGACGGCCGCUGCGGUUAUUGCACCAUUUUCGUCGGUUCAUGUGAUGGAAACGGCUCUGAUUCGCCUAAACGGAAUCGAGUCCUACAAAAAAGAGGAGUUCAACGUUUUGCUCAACUGUGGAGCCCUGUACACCGAAAAAGAGUCUGUAAUUUUGUCGAUGGCAAAUGAUAACCUGGAACCUCUCGGCGACUUGAAAAAUCUCAACCAAAAAUCCACUGUAAAAUGUGAGGGAAUAAUUUGUGCGACGACAUUCGUGCACCGCGGACAAAUACGAUUUUCCGGCCUGGAAGUCAACAUUUUGACGCCGAUUUUUGUGCACGAGGGGCGGCUAACGAAUGUGGAAAAUAAGCAGAACCAUGUGAAACAUUUGUUUAUUCAUAUUGGCCAGUUGCUUCAAAAUAAUGGAAUUUUGGCGUCAGAUGUGCUGGAAAUUGUUGGUGACGGAAUUUUGGAGAAUACGAAUCGAAUUUAUGCUGUGGAAUCUAUGGAUAUUAAGCUGAGAAAUUUUGUGAAUGAUGAGGGACUUAUGGAGUCGAAAAAUUCAAUGAAGCUGCUGGCGGUUUCCAAGGAGUGGACUAAGCUUGGCGGAAGUAUUAAGGCAAAAAAAUCGAUGGACCUGUGUGCCAACCGGCUCAACGUGGCAAUUCGAAAUGUGCAAAAUCUAUCCAUCGAUAAACGUCUUGUAUUCUCCGCCAAAACGGAUCUCUUGAUCUCCAGUGACGUCAUCGAUGAGUCCAAAGAGCUCUCAGUGGGCUGUGCGGCUCAGCAGUCCGUCGGAAUCGGGUGCCAAAUGCAGGUGGACCGUCUUGAAGUACUCCUGGGAGCCGAUGGAGCACCACAUGUUGCUCCGACUUUUGCGGUUUAUCAGAAUGCGGAAGUUAUUGCAAAUACGAUUCUGGUGACUUCGAAUUGUGAGCAUGUGCAGGUGCUUCUGGAUGGAAAUGUGAUGUGCAAUCGGAUUAGAUUUGCUGGAAAUGUGAAAAUGGUCACAAUAGUUGGCUCCGGCAACCUGGAAUCCACUUAUAUGAUGCUCCCAGACGCCUCAAUCUCAUUUGAAAUGUAUUCCGUGGUCCGAAUCGAUGAAAUUCAGUGCAACUCGUUCGAAAUUCUGACUGAAACAAUUCUAAGACUUGAAGCUUGCGACGGGGAGGAUACGACCACAAUUGUCACUGAAGAUUUGAAUAUUGAAGGUACCCUAUUCCUGGAAAAGAAGCUUUUCAUCAAAUCCCGUGAAGGAAUUGUCCGUAUCAAUGGAAAUAUCCUCGGCUCCUCUCCAAGCUCGGAGCUUGCCUGCGAAUCCACUAAAAUGGUUGUAAAAGGACAACUUGGCAACUUUAAAUACGUCGAAUUAUUUGCUCGGGAGAGUAUUUCACUGCAAAAUGAGAAAAUUCGAAACGUAGAAAAGAUUUGUGUGGAGUGCGGUGAACUGAGCAUUUAUAACGCGGAGAUUGAGAGCUGCCGGGUGAUUAGUGUCAAUUGUGAAUCUUUGACGGCUUCUGGACAUGUUCUGGGCGACUCCUCUACAAACCUCACCAUCCACUCCACAAACAUUCACAGCAAGUUAGAUGUGGAAAAUCUCCAAAAAUUAUCGAUUUUCUGCAAACGAAGCUCCAUCCUAAAAGGAAAUUGGUCAAAUAUCCAAGAUUGUCACGUGGAUUCUAAAUGGAUCAAUAUAUCGUGCCAUGUAGUGGACUGCCACGUGCUUAAGCUAACUGCGUGGGCGGUGUGCAAUACCGGGCCUAUCGGAGCCCAGAUUGUGCUCAUUACGGUGCUCGGCGUGCUCGUCAACAUGGAUUCAAUAGUGGCCGAGCAGGAGUGCCACGUGGUUUCCACGUUUGUGCUCAGUUUGGCGGAAAAGUCAGAAAUUUUACAAAAUUCGCAUUCUGAGCGCCCCGGAGCCCCGAAAAUCUGCUCCCUGGGGCUUUUCACCAGGGAUUCCAAUUCGAAAACCGACCGGCUCCCGCCAUUUGGCACCAACUAUCUUUGGCUCAAUUUCACCACAAAACUGGCAAAAAUGGGCGGAGCACAAGUGGAUUUCCAGAAUUUUAAGACAUUUGCAACGAUGCUCCGUGAUCGGUGGAUGACGUCAUCGCUUGACGCGGAUGAAAUUCUGAUUGGCCUAAAAUAUAUCAGUGAUCUCCAGGAAAUCCGCUGGAAUUUGGACAUUUCCAGCCAAAUCUAUGAGAAAUUUGUGGAAAUUUCGGAGAAAUUUGAGAACUCCCCGAUUUCUUUGUUCAACUACGGGGAGCUGGUGAAUUUGGUGCAAGGGGUCAGAGGAGCAGUGCCGUUGGUGCAGGACUCAACCCACAUUUCCAAAAAUCCCAAAAAAACAAAAAAGAAGUCGUCGGAUGGCUCAUUGUACGAGGCUCUGGUACAAUUCAGACAUGGAAAAUACAGCAAAGAAAGCGCAGACCUAUCAGACACAGAUAUCGGAUACGUGAGCAGAAGCUCAAGUGAAGAUCUGAACUCUAAGCCGAGUAGGCCGAGAACCCCGCUACAAAUCGACACCGCCUCGCACAGCUUCUUCGAGUCGGACCACCUUACAGAAAUCGAAGAAAAAGUUGGAAAAGUGGAGGAAGAGCUCGAAAAUGAGCUAAAGCUGGAGCACAUCGCCUACGCAAUUCGUGAAGAGGAAGAAUUGGCAGAGUUUGAGGAAUUGGAGGACGAGCUGGAAAUGGCUGAAGAGGGAAUUGUUCGAACCGAUUUUAUCAUCUGUCGGGACAGGAAUAUCUAUUUGGCAAAACUAAAACAAAAAGUUCAAACAAUUUGUGCUCCACGCCCGGUGCUCACAAUGCCCAUCCAACGAAUGCCAUCCUCCAACGAUCUGGUGAUGAAGAAGCUCCAAGUCAAAAAUGCCAUCUCAAAUUUGGAUCUUCGAUCGUUCGGAAGUCAAUCCUCACUGACGUCACUAGAUUUUGGCACGGUGCCAGAUUUCGGAAGCCCUCUGCAAUUUUCGAGCAAAGCCGGCGGAUUCCAGAGAUCGAAGAUCCCGCUGGGCUCGUUCAGGAGCCCUAAGAAGCCUAUGAGCCGGACUAGAACGCCUACGAUGUAUGGAUCAAGCUUGUCUAGAUUUAGUGAACAACUUUGAGCUUGAAAAAUUUUAAAAAAAUCAAUAAUUUUGGGUUUGUUCGAAUAAAAAAAUUUUGAAAUUUUUUUUUUCGAAAAUUUUCGAAAAUUUAUUGAUUUUUUUUUCAAUUUUUGAUAUUUUAUAAAUACACACAAUACACAUAAUAUUUUACCGAGUAAUCCACCAUUUCCUAAAAAUUGUUUUCACUACCAACUAACCUAACCACUAACUCCACUAACUUGCUCAUCUAACAUUGCUCCGCCCACUUUUACUACUGUAACGGGUUACUGUAAUUGUAAUAUUAUACCCCCCACACAAUGAUUUCAUGACAUUCAUUUUAUUUUGUUUCUAUGUAUUUUUGAUUUUUUUUUUAAUUUUAAAUUUUUUUUACAAAUAUGAAUAAAGUAUUUUUCAAGACUAAA